AUGGAAGUUAUGAAGAAAGAGAUAUUAAAGCUUCUUGAUGCGGGAAUGAUUUAUCCAAUCUCAGAUAGCAAAUGGGUGAGCCCAGUCCAAUUUGUUCCAAAGAAGACGGAUAUCACGGUGGUCGAGAACAAAAAAGGUAUGAUGGUCCCCACUCGCGUACAAAAUGGGUGGAGAAUAUGUAUUGACUACCGCAAACUCAAUGCAAGCACAAGAAAAGAUCACUUCCCAUUACCUUUCAUUGACCAAAUGUUAGAAAGGUUGGUCGGGAAAUCUCAUUAUUGUUGUCUAGAUGGGUACUCCGGUUUUCUCCAAAUCCCGGUGGCACUGAAAGACCAAGAAAAGAGAACCUUUACAUGUCUAUUUAGCACUUUUGCAUACCGGAGAAUGUCAUUCGGAUUAUGUAACGCCCCUGCCACUUUCCAACGUUGCAUGUGCCAAAGGAAGGGGAACAUUUUGCAAAAGAACCAAAUGCCACAAAAUCCAAUACUUGUUUGUGAAAAUUUUGACAUAUGGGGGAUUGAUUUCAUGAUUCCAUUCCCUUCUCGUUUGUGGAUUGAGGCCAAAGCCACACGAUCGGAUGCUGCCAAAACGGUUAACAGCUUUUUGAAAUCUAAUGUCUUUGUGAUAUUUGGUGUGCCUAGGGCUUUGAUUAGUGAUCGAGGGAUACAUUUUUGCAAUAAGAUAAUGGAGACCUUGCUGAAAAAGUACAACAUGACCCAUCGUGUCUCUACCGCCUACCACCCCCAAACAAACGGUCAAUUAGAAAUUUUAAAUCGUAAGGUGAAGAGUAUUCUUGAGAAAAUGGUGAAUCGUUCAACAAAUGAUUGGAGUUCAAGGCUUGAUGAUGCCUUAUAG